AUGGCGCAACGAUCAGCAGAGCCGGCUACUUUGGAUCAAGGGCAAUCCUGGCAAGGGCAAGACGAUGCUCCUUUGCGGAUCCUCAUGCACUUCUUAACAGAUUUACCUGAACCUAUGCCUUUGAGUUAUUCGAGGUCUAGCCUCUCACAUGUCCGAACAAUAUUUGAAAAGGAUAUUCCGUUUUGGAUUAAGCAGAAGCCUAUAGUAGAAUCAUAUUGGAAUGCGAUGCUACAAACGCUUGAAGGCUAUACAAGCUACGUUCACUUAGUCGCUUUUUCGCUUGAUGGCAAGCAGGUCGUAUCUGGAUCUUGGGAUAAUACAGUACGGCUUUGGGAUACAGCGACAGGGCAACAAAUUCAGCCAACACUUGAAGGCCAUACAAGAAUCAUUUACUCAGUCGCUUUUUCGCCGAUUUUAAGCAGUCGGUCAUGCGAUAUUGUAGGAUCUACAGUAGAUUCUACUAUAGCUGGCACAACAUCGAAGGGCGCUACAACAUCUAUUCUAUACCCUUUAGCUAGUUUGUUCAGUCUAUGUAUAAUUCAAUAG